AUGUCAGAAAGUCCUACCACUUCCGCGCGAAACCAAAGAGACCCGGGAAGCCCAACCAUCACGGGUAUUCCCUCCAUCUUGACGGUCCUUCGUGAACCCGAAUCCUUUUCCAACGACGAUGACCGACGAGCGCAACAAUACCGACAUCAGUCUCCUGAGACCGCGUCCAAACUGGCGCGGGAGACAUUGAUCAGUAUGUGCAAGACUAUUGGUGUCGUCGGCGCACAACUGAACAGCAGCACAAACGAUUCCGACUUCCAGCUCAGACAGCUUAUCCACUUGGCACGCAAUAUAUCCAAGAGACUGGACAAUCAUGAUAGCAACGGAUAUGCAGGCCCUCCCCGCGUGGAGUAA